GGCGCACAGCGUGGGGAUGGCAGGGGGCCGCCAUGCCUGCGGCGGGCGCGCGCGCGCGGCGGGCGAGCGGAUGUUGACGCCGUGAGGGAGCGAUGGCGGCGGCGGCAGCGGCGGCGGCGGGGCCCGGGCCCGGGCCCGGCGAGCGGCAGCGGCGGGUGCAGGCGGUGAGCGCGGCGCUGCGCUGCCGCCUCGGGCCCUACGAGCCGCUGCUGGGCGCCCUGCAGGCCGCGCUGGUGUGGGAGCGGCCGGCCCGCAGCGCGCUGUGCUGGGUGGCGGUGCACGGCCUGUUCUGGUUCUUUGCUCUGACUUCCCUUCGUUUGCUGUUCCUGACUGCACUUUCCCUCAUAGUAGUUGUGUGUCUAGACCAGUGGAAGCACAAAAUCUGGCCAGAAAUUGGUGUGGCAAGACCUGAUGAAUUAGACAAUGAGAGCUGGGGAUACGUCCACCCUCGGCUGCUCGGAGUGCCAGAGCUCUGCCAUCAUUUGGCUGAAGCAUGGGUGACUGGGACCAACUUCUUGAGUAAUCUCUUCGUUUUCAAGAGGGAAAGUCCUGGCAAGUUUUGCCUUCUAGUGUGUGGAGUGUUCACUUUCCUGGCUGUCCUGGGCCGGUAUAUCCCUGGGCUCCUGCUCUCAUACUCGCUGUUGCUCCUGGUCCUGCUGUGGCCCCUGGCCGUGUACCACAGGCUGGGGCAGCGCCUGUUCCUGCGCCUGGAGCCCGUGCUGCAGCGCCUGGACUUCAGCGUCCGCGGAUACAUGGUGGCGAGGCAGCGCCAGAGGCAGUUGCGUGGCCGGGCCCUUGGGCAGGAGGCCACAGACGAUGGGAGUGACAGCGAGGAGGAGCUGGCUGCAUUCUGCCCCAAGCUGGAUGACUCCAUGGUCGCCAAGGAACUGACCAUCUCUGACUCAGAGCAUUCAGAUGCCGAGGUGUCCUAUACUGAAAGUGGGAUGUUUAACCUUUCAAGGGGCCAGACACCCCUGACAGAGGGAUCAGAAGACCUGGAUGGUCACAGUGAUCCAGAAGAAUCUUUUGCCAGGGAUCUCCCUGACUUCCCUUCCAUAAACCCAGAAGCAACGGGCCUAGAUGAUGAAGAUGACACCAGCAUUGGGAUCCCAAGCCUGGCGUACCGCUCACAAGGGACAGAGGAUCUGCAGCUCCCGUACGAGCAGGAGGAGUUUGGCACAUCAGUGCAGAAUCUCACCAACAACAUCGCUGGCUUUGUCACCAGGGGCAUGAUCCAGCUGGCACUGUCAGGAGCCCCUCAGCCGGGCUCCUCACGCAGCACCAAUCCCCAGAGAGGGGCAAAGACUCACCUCAGAGCAGCCAGUUUGGACUUGGACACUGACGCCGAAGGGGAUGACUUUGAACUGCUGGAUCAGUCUGAGCUGAACCAGCUGGAUCCCACUGGCUCCCGGGGCCAGUAAACCAUCCUGUCACUUUCCUCUGGUUUUCUAUUGCGCAUCAUGGAGGGAAUCCUAGAAGGAAAAGCCUUGCACAGUUCUCUCAAUCGUCUCCUGUGAGUCUGAGUGAUGUGACAGCCAGUCCUGGCUGGGUACACCACUGCGACUUGUGACUCUGUAGCCUUGCUUGGAUUUUAGAAUAAAGGACACUGGCAAUCUGUAGGGAA